UGUAAUCAACUGUCAAAGUCUAAAGUUGUAGGUUAGUGCAAGACUAACCAAAAAACAUAAAAAGAAGAUGAAAUCGAUCACAUUUUUAUUACUAUAACUUCAUAGUGGCUUCUGGUUUGAAAUUGGGCAUUCCGUUGAAUGCCUGUAAACAAUGCCGAGCAGAACUCCACUUAUAAUUUGCUUCAUUGCCUCGUCGACUGCAGCAUUUAUUUAUGUGAUAAACAAAUGUUUAGCUAAAACACAAUUGGUUCAACAUGUUCCUGAAGAAUACCUUUGGCUACCACAUGCUUUAACGAACAUUUUAGGAUACAUGAUUGUGUUACUUCCCGGAUAUUUGACGUACAAGUAUGUUCAAAAGGUCAACUAUUUAAAUUAUGGUGGAGAAGGUUUUUGUAUGCGUACGAUUGGCAUUUGCUUUGGUGAAGAAGAAUUCAUACUGAAUCCACAAAGUAAAGUGCAACCAAUCCAAAGACCAACUUCUAAUGAAAUAUUUUCAAUCGGUUAUCAUUUUGUUGGCUUGCAAAUUUCUUAUUUAACUUGGGGAGUUCUUCAAGAAAAGGUAAUGACUCAAGAGUAUCAAAGUAACAACGCUGGUCCAGAACACUUCAAGGAUUCUCAGUUUUUAGUAUUUGUAAAUAGAGUUCUAGCAUUUUUAAUGUCUGGUUUAUGUAUAUUAAUUUAUAAGCAAAAUCGACACAGAUGUCCUUUAUAUAAAUAUGCUUAUUGUUCAUUAUCUAAUAUUAUGAGUUCGUGGUGUCAGUAUGAAGCAUUGAAAUAUGUCUCUUUCCCACAUCAAGUGCUUGCAAAAGCUGCCAAAACAAUUCCUGUAAUGAUAAUGGGAAAAGUAAUUUUAAAAGUUAAAUAUGAAUAUUAUGAAUAUGUUACUUCUGUCAUUUUAUCUAUAGGAAUGUUGAUUUUUAUGCUUAAUGCGGGUAACGACCGUGCACAUUCAUCAGUUACCACAUUUUCAGGCGCAAUUCUCUUAGUGUUAUAUAUUACCUGUGAUAGUUUCACUUCAAAUUGGCAAGGAACGUUAUUUAAAACAUACAACGUCAGUCCUAUUCAAAUGAUGUGCUUUGUCAACUUUUUUUCCUGUAUUUUUACAUCUGUUUCGCUAUUACAACAAGAAGCUUUUUUAGACUCUCUUGAUUUUAUGUUUAAAUAUCCACAGUUUAUUUUAGAUUGCUUUUUAUUGUCCGUUUGUUCAGCUGUCGGGCAAUUAUUUAUUUUUAGUACUAUUUCAAAAUUUGGCCCAUUGGUCUUUGCCAUAAUAACUACAAUACGUCAGGGUUUGUCAAUACUGCUAAGUUGUAUUAUAUAUAAUCAUCAUCUUAAUGUAAUAGGAAUUUUUGGUAUUGCGCUUGUUUUUGUAAGUGUCUUACUACGAAUAUAUUGCGGACAAAGGCUUAAAAAAGUGCAGAAAAGUAAUGUUAUAAAAACACAGAGAAUCUCUGUUUAAUCGAAAUAUUUAAUGUGUACAAUUGUGAUUGUAACAAGAAUAAAUUGUUUAGUCUCAUUUA